GCAGCGCGCUCGGUGGUCCCGCGGAUCUGUCUCUUGCUUCAACAGUGUUUGGACGGAACAGACCCGGGGACGCCCUACCAGCCUGCCUCCGGCCACCCUCAACUUUCUUUCCAGUCUCAACCUGCGGAGCGGAACCAACUCUUCAGCCCUUUCUCCCCCGGGACCAUCUAGUAUCCUUUUUGGGUCUUCACUUCUCACUGCCGACCAACCAUGAGCUCCCAGAUUCGUCAGAAUUACUCCUCCGACGUGGAGGCCGCCGUCAAUCGCCUGGUGAACCUGCAUCUGCGGGCCUCCUACACCUACCUCUCUCUGGGCUUCUAUUUCAGCCGCGACGAUGUGGCUCUGGAGGGCGUGGGCCACUUCUUCCGCGAGUUGUCGGAGGAGAAGCGCGAGGGCGCCGAACGCCUCCUGAAGAUGCAAAACCAGCGUGGCGGCCGCGCCCUCUUCCAGGACGUGCAGAAGCCUUCCCAGGAUGAGUGGGGUAAAACCCUGGAGGCCAUGGAAGCGGCUAUGGUCCUGGAGAAGAAUCUCAACCAGGCCCUGUUGGAUCUGCAUGCCUUGGGUUCUACCCGCUCGGAUCCCCAUCUCUGUGACUUCCUGGAGAGCCAUUUCCUGGACGAAGAGGUGAAACUGAUCAAGAAGAUGGGUGACCACCUGACCAACCUCCGCAGACUAGGAAGCCCCCAGCCUGGUCUGGGCGAGUAUCUCUUCGAGAGGCUGACCCUCAAACACGACUAGGCGCCGCUCAAACCCCUGUGGCCUUUGAGUCUCCAGUGGUGCCCCCUGGUAUCACGGGCUUGGCCUGAGUCCUCCUUGCUGCUCCCUGGGCAGCUUCUGAAGUGGACCAAAUAACCAAUAAAGCUUUUGCAACAACUGAA